CUUUUCUCCUUCUCUUUCCCACAAGAAUAAGCCAACCAUAAUAUCUGCUCUCCUAUUUGCAAUUAAAUUUUAACAAUUUCUCUACCAUGACCAACAGAAGCAGCAGCAAGAAGAAGCAGAGCGCCAACAAGAAGAUCAAUGCAGCCCACCACAAGAAGAAGAGCAGCGACCCCAAGAUCAAGAAACUGGAGCUACAAAAGAUCAAGGAUCUCUUGCAGAGUGUGUUGAAUGCCAACAGCGUGGACGCUGUCAAGGAUGCCGUCUUUAGUUGCGCGGGAGUCCCCUUCAAGAUGCACCAAAAGUGCGUCUUUCGUCGUUUGGUGGACACGCAUACCAUGGGGUACCUGGCAGAAAGCGGUACCGACAGGUCGAAGUAUGUGGAAGACUACGUGAUUCAGGGCAUGAUUGCCAAUGGCGGUCGCUUCUUCAAGAUUGAAUUGUCAUCGCAAGACGGAACUCCCGCCAUUCGACAAUUGCUGCCGGCCAGUGACAAAGAUCGCAAGACCAUUGUCACGUGCGUCCAUCGAUUCUUUCGGACCAUUGCCGAGCGAAUGGCGCGUCAAAACAACCAUGACAUGGACAAGAAGAAAGUGGAAAAGAAGAAGAAAAUGGAGAAAAAGACCAAGAGAGACGAUCAGGAAGGUCGUUUGAUGACCCACCAAACUAUGAACUUCAAGAUUCCCAAGAAGAACAAGACUUCCAAGACCAACAAGACCGGCAGCAAGACAAUAGCUACCCCUAAGGAGCUCAUCCUGCAGGAACCUGUCCCCGAGGAUAUUGCCAUGGUGGAACCUGCUGCCUCCCCUACUUCCAAGACGUUUAAUAGCAAGGCGGUGGCUACUCUUGCCCCCAAGGAUGACGUCUCUGUGGUUCCAAGCUUGGUCUCGGCUUCAUCUGUUGCGGCGUCCUCCUCGGCUGCAUCCAAGGGCACAUUAUCUGUCCACCAAGAAGAAGACAAUACCCAGGAGGAUGAUGAUGAGGAGGCGUAUGGACACAUUUCGAUUCCAAACUUGGACGACAGCCGCCACGACGAUUGUGUCAGCCCUCUUUCCAUGGACGAGGACGACGACGAGUCCUUGCCCAAAGAAGACUUUUUGCUUCCUCCUCCCAGUGCCCUUCGAUUCACGGAAAGCAUGGGGGCUCACAGUCUCGGUAGCAUUGCCUGCGAUGAUGAUGAUGAUGAUGACAGUGCAUUCGCGGCUAUUGGCGGUUGGCACGACGACGACGACGACGACAAUGAUGAACCCAUGGAUCUCAUCAUGGCCGACCUUCUUCCUUCCGAUUCGUCGGUUGGAGAAAUGCACCAAGCCAUGUAUCGAUUCCAUGCCGCUCGGGUUCAUGGCCCACGCGGCAGCGGCGGCGCAAGUUUGCAAGGUCUCGCCAAGCACUUACGGUCGGUGGUGGACAAUUCCUCGGAACUCCUUCAACGCGUCGAGGUUCUCGGUCGGAUGGAACAGGAACAAGCCAAAUUCACCAAUGCCAACUCCAUGAUGACAACGACAACGACAACAACAAAAGAUGAAGACGCCACGGGUGGCAUUCAAAACUACGGAAUCACCACGGGAACGGCCUACCUUGUGGAUCUUGUCAUUGAUGGUGCCACCGGACAUUCGUUGCUCUUGGAUGAUAACGUCGAUGCUUUCUACAGACAGGAACACCACUAGUUUUGCAGGCUCUGGUGGAACGCAGGACUAACGAAGGGUGGAUGGAAAUGGAUCGCGCCAACGCGGUGAUAGGAGCGUGUAUCUUUUGCUUGUCAUUGUGAACAGUCUUACAUGUUCCAUAUGGCAUCUACACUAUCUAUAUUUGGGGAGACAGACAAACGUACUGAAACGAAAACCACACACAAAACACAAACCACAAUCUACGUGUCUUGGGGGUGAUUUUACCUAACCCACUUGCUCCGGUAUGCUUCAUGAAGGACGACGGGCCGAUUGGUGGGAACAAAACGACGAUCGGUAUAGUGCCAUCUUGGAGCAGAGUGCAUACAUUGAUGGGGCAAUCAAAUGGAAUGAUUGAGGCAGCAAUUGAGCCAAACACAAUCGAGGAGCCACCCUACAACUAACUACAUACAUCGUAAUGCAUAUCUAUUCAAACUAAAAGACAACAAAGACGACCACGGUUACCACCUCCGCAUCUCGUUUCUGCAUGCGUGGAAAUCCACGAAACCAUUUUAAUAGUGCGGCUAUCAUUGGCACCCGCUGUCUCUGGUGCUGCAUCAUCAUCCCAUCAGUUGUUAUAGCUAGAUAGAGUUGUACUCGUGAGAGGAUCGAG